GGUGGACAGAGGGAGUACUCGUGGAUAAUCAGAGAGCGCGCGCGCAGGGGAGGGGAGGGGCAUCAUCGGCAUCGAGAAGAGCGAGGGAAUCGCACGCUUCCCUUUCCUUCCAGCGUAAAGUAGGGGCCGGGCGUACCUCAUCGCCGUCAUCGUGGGCCUCCGCCCUCCGCUCGCCGCGGCAACUACUUCUGCUGCCUGCUGGCUGCAGCUCCUGCUGCUCAUUCCAUUCCAUUCCACUCCCUGCGCUCAUCGCUCGCUCGCCUGCCUGCCACUACUCCGGCCGCGUGCUGCCUGCCCUGUCCGCCACUGCGCGAGCACAAAACCGCGUGCACCGGUCGGCCGGCCACCACUGACCAUCCACCGCACCGCCACCGGCGCCGGUCUGGUUGGUCUGGUCGGUCCAUGCCAGGAUGGAGACCCCGUCGUCGACGUGCGACGAGGGCUCCGAGCUCGACGCGCGCUCGCAGUCCGACUACGCCGACUUCGACGACCUGGAACGCCCGCCGCGGGGCCGCCACAGGCGGGAGCCGUCCUCCGACGUGUCCUCCGAGUGCAGCGGGGAGCCCGGGAGCCCCUACGGCUCCUCGCCGUACCCGCGCUGGCCGGUGUGCACACUCGCCACGAGGGCGCCACCGCCGGCCGCAGCGCUGCUCAAGAGGCUCAGCACCACGCGGCGCGGCGGCGGCGGUGGCGGCGGUGGCGGUGGCGGCGCGCGUGACGGGAAGGCCGGCGACGGUGAGCUGCAGCUGAUCAAGGAGAGGUUCUCCAAGCUUCUCUUGGGCGAGGACAUGUCCGGGAGCGGCAAGGGGGUCUCGACCUCCGUGGCCAUCUCCAACGCCAUCACCAACCUCUAUGCGACUGUCUUCGGGAGCUGCCACAGGCUGGAGCCCCUGCCGCCGGAGAAGAAGUCCAUGUGGCGGCGGGAGAUGGACUGCCUCCUCUCCGUCUGCGACUACAUCGUCGAGUUCUUCCCUUCCAAGGAGAUGUUGCCCGACGGCACCACCCGAGAGGUGAUGGCGACCCGGCCGCGAUCCGACAUCUACGUCAACCUCCCCGCCCUCGAGAAACUUGACGACAUGUUGCUUGAGAUUCUGGAGAGCUUUCAGAAGACUGAAUUCUGGUACGUCAAUAAUAAGGGGCAGAAAGACGAUUCCGUCGCGACGCCGUGCCGUCCGGUGAGCCACCGCGGCGAGGAGAAGUGGUGGCUGCCCGUGCCGUGCGUCACCAAGCCCGGGCUGACGGAGACGGCGCGGCGAGACCUGCAGCAGAAGCGCGACUGCGCGAGCCAGAUCCACAAGGCGGCCAUGGCCAUCAACAAUGCCGUUCUUGCGGAGAUACGGAUCCCCGACCUGUACAAGCAAGCACUACCCAAGUGCGGGCGGGCCAGCGUGGGGGACCUGAUCUACCGGCACAUGUCGUUCCCGGGCAAGUUUUCGCCGGAGUACCUGCUGGACUGCCUGGAGAUCUCGUCGGAGCACGAGGCCCUGGAGGCAGCGGACCGCGUGGAGGCGGCGAUGCACGUGUGGCGGCGGAAGGCGAGCCAGAGCCACUCGAGGUCACCCUGGAGCGCGGUCAAGGACCUGAUGGAGUCCGACAAGAACGUGAUGCUGGCGAGCCGCGCCGAAGACGUGCUGCUCUGCCUCAAGCAGCGGUUCCCCGGCCUCUCGCAAACCACGCUCGACGCCAGCAAGAUCCAGUACAACAAGGAUGUUGGGCAAGCAAUACUAGAGAGCUAUUCGAGGGUGCUGGAGAGCCUGGCGUACAACAUCGUAACAUGUAUAGAUGAUGUUCUCUUCGCAGAUGAAGCCGCCAGAAAGAUAGCAUGAGUGAUCAUUUGUUCAUCCUUCCUUUCUGAUCAGGGAAACCAAAAAUAAGGGGGUCCAUAUCCAUGAUCCAUCCACAAAAUGUACAUUAUGCCAUAACUUGUAGCAGUAGUACCAUCUAUCAAUGGAUGAUAGCACGAGCAGUUAAAUACAGUACUCUACUCACCUAGGCAGCCAUAUCUUGGUUUUCAUCCCAA